CUCAAUCUACCACUGGGAUACAAUGGACACUGCUAAGCUCUGGUUUAUGCUGCUCUGUGUUUGUGGCAGCUGGAUUUCGAGUCUGGCUUAUGUAAACUGUGACUGGACCACUGAGUAUGAACAUGGAAAGAAAUGUUGUAAAGCCUGUCCUUUAGGUCAGUAUCCCAAAGUAAAAUGCUCAGAGAACAAAAAUGACAGUGUGUGUGAGAAAUGUUCAACAGAUAUUUCGGCUAUGAACAAGUGUUUCUGCAAAGAUAAUCACUUAUGUUCUGAUGAAAAAUGUGAAAAUUGUAUGCCCAGGAUAAAAUGCAAACCUGGACAUCAGCUGAAGAGAAAUGGUUACUUUGAAUAUACUUACGUUUGUGAGUUAUGUCCAGAAAACACUUACAAUGAUGCUGAGGACAGCACCUGUAAAUCCAUUACAAAAUGUGCUGAUGGUGAAAUCUUCCCUGGAAACAAGACCCACAAUGCAAGAUGUGGCUCUUCUGCAAAGUUCACAACAGGUGACCCAGGAGACCAAAGGAAAAUACAAAACAAUGAGAGUCAGACUCAUUCUUUUAUGGUGGCCUGUUUAGCAGUCACUGUGUUGACCUGCCUGGUUUUUAUCUUGUAUACUGCUUUUAAAAUGUUCAGAUACAAGACGCGUACAAAAAUAUGCAAACCGGCGUGCACACAUAGGAUGGUAUUGCCCUCAGAUACAUGCAGCUGCAAAUUAUCCAAGGAGGAAGAGGGUGAGGAAAAGAACCUGACAGAGCUCUCGGAAGUCCCUUGCAAGCAUGAUGUCCACAGAUUUCUUUAAAGUUUCUCUGCAAUGUGAAGAUCACUGCACAAAGGUGUUAUCUUCUCAGUUUCAAAACGGAUUCAUAUGAAGAGGAAUGAGCAGAAAGUGACAUGUUUAUGUUUGCUCUGAUACAAAAUUUGCUCUCUGAAGUGGAUUUAUGCAAGACGUACAACAGGAGUGAUGCUUCCUGUCAACUUGUUUGGAUCCUGCAUUUGAAAGUGUGGAAUAUUUUAAAUAUUGUCACUGGUACUACAUCAAUGGAUAUUUUAAUAGACUUUUUUUUUUUUUUUUUAAUAUUAUAAAAACUAAUGUUACAGCAAUUUUGUGUAGGCAUUUUAUUUUCAAUUAUAAAAUUGUAUUAUGUCAUUGGCCAAUAUAUUGAGUUGUAGCACUGUAUUACAAUGACUUUUGCCAAGAAAUGUAAUGUAGGCUAUUUUAUUAUUGUUUAUUGUACAUGCAAAAUAUAUUUUAGGAUCUACAUAAAUUUAUAGGACCUUCGGGCCUAUAGCCCCCGUCCUGGUCUGAACAUCUGAACUCAUGAGGAAAUAUACAUGUGUGCGCAUGUAUAUAGACAUUAAGAUAGAGAGAGGUAAGACAUCCAAGAGUAGAGAAAGACAACACUGAUAGGAGGAGGGAGCGAGACAGAAGAAAUGGAGUGAGAAGGGAGGAGAGAUUGCAGAGAGGCAAACUCAAACCCGUUAACAGCAGUAGUAUGUGGCUACAUAUGGUUUUUACGCUGUGGGGACGGUAUUUACUUUAUGACAUUGAAGACACACUGGACUGGCUUGCUUCGGUUCGAAAGAAUCAUAAAAACUAGUGUUUCAGCAAUUUUGUGUAGGCAUUUUAUUUUCAAUGAUAAAAUUGUAUUAUGGUCAUUGGCCAAUAUAUAGAGUUGUAGCACUACAAUGACUUUUGCCAAGAAAUGUAAUGUAGGCUAUUUUAUUAUUGUUUAUUGUACAUGCAAAAUAUAUUUUAGGAUCUACAUAACUUUAAGUUUUAUAAGCUGUAUAAUAGGAACAACACGGGGCUGUUGCUGGUGGGGUGAAAGGUGGUGACGAUUAUAGGGCCCGAUUAUGAGUAUCAUAAUGGGUGCACUUGUCUCUUAAAGUGACCGCGCCUAAUUUACUAGCUGCUGUAAGUGUCCUUAAUGUUAAUCCAAGAAAAUAAAGGAAGGAAAAUCACUGCUCA